AUGGAGCGGGUGAACACAGCGAGCCUGUGCCUGGAGAACCUGCUCAUGAUGCAGGAGAACGAGCGGCUGCGGAGGCAGGCGCAGCAGCUGGACCAGGAGAACAAGGCACUCCUCGCCCAGCUCAAGCAGCAGCAGCAGGGCGCCGGCGGCCCUUCCGGUUCCGCUUCUGCCGCCGCCGGUGGCGCCUCUGCUGCUGCCACCGCGAACCAUCCCCACCACAAGGCAAAGGCGGCCGGCAAGCAGCCCAACUUCUGGAGCAUGCUUGCAUAUUGUUAUGACGAUGAGCCAGAUUUAGCAGCAUUUUGUGGUUCAGUGUAA